AUGUUAAAUGUUACUGCACAACACAAUAAUAUUGGAAUGAAAAUAAGAGAUGAAGAAACUCCAGAACCUCCAGAAGAAACUCCAGAACCUCCGGAAGAAACUCCAGAACCUCCGGAAGAAACUCCAGAACCGCCAGAAGAAACUCCAGAAUCGACCACAUCAUCACAAGCACCAGAAGAAACUCCAGAAUCUACCACAUCAUCACAAGCACCAAAAGAAACUCCAGAACCGACUACAUCAUCACAAGCACCAAAAGAAACUCCAGAACCGACUACAUCACCACAAGCACCAAAAGAAACUCCAGAACCGACUACAUCACCAAAAGAAACUCCAGAAUCGACUACGACACAACCAGAUCAACCAACUAUAACAAGUAGAUUACCUACCAAUAAUUUAGCAAUCGGUAUUCCUUUAGCUACUACUACUACGAGUUAA